AUGGUGUUCAAUCAGCAGGUGCAGAUGGACUAUGGUGGCCUCAUGGAGGAGGUGCUAUGCUGUCCUGGGCCAUUCUCAUGCUAUCUGCCUAGGAGUAAAGGUGGCCUUUAGCAGUGCCUUUGCCCUGAAUCUCAGCAGAGUGUUUUAUUUUUGCAGGGCUGCAGCCCAAAAGUUCUGGAGAAGACAUUUGAACAAUGGAUGAGGUAUAAAGAUGAGUGCUUGAAGAAGAUAGCAAGUGAUCCUUACCCUUCAGGUAAGGAGCCAUUUUCUUUGUGCCUGAUUUUAAAGUGGCAAUUUCGCAAGGAAAAAUCUCCAUCUCUUUAUUUAUUUUAGAUAUUUGCAUAUUGCUUCUCAGGCAAACCCCACAAAGCAGUUUGCAUAAAAAUAUUAGAGCAAUACUUGUUCUUAGAUACUCCACCUUCCUCCUACAGAAGCCCAGAGCCUGUGGAUAGCUCAGUUGGUAGAGCAUUAGACUUUUAAUCUCACGGCCAUGGGUUUGAGCCCCAUGUUGGGAAAAAGAUUCCUACGUUGCUAAGGGAUUGGACUAGAGAAGAAUGGUGCAGAAGAGGAAAUCCUGAAAAGUGAUAGGCUUCUACUAUUCCUGCACGUGGUCUGAAGGCAGGAGACUCAGCCGCCUUGCUGAAGUGAGGUCAAUGAGACUGCCUUAAACCCCCUUUGAGCCUUCAAAGGGGCCUCUAAGGAUCACAGGGCAUCAUCACCUUGUAUGAAGUCAGACACAUUGGUCCAUCUAGUUUAGUAUUUGUCUACAGCUCUCCAGGUCUUCAGAUAAGAUGACAUUCACUGCUGUAUCUGGAGUUGUUGGGGAUUGAACCUGGGACCUUCUGCAUGCAAGUCAAAUGCUCUACCACUGAACUAUGGCUUUAUCCUCUUCAAGUUGCAUGAUAGAAGAAAUGCAGUAGAAAAUGCAGCAAAAAUGGUGAAUGGUGAAUAAAUGGUGAAUAAAACAGAGACUCUGAGUGGGCUUUACCUGACCACCACUGGGUAAAAAAUGAUAUUCAAGUUCACAGUUUCUUUGGAGACACCUAUUAUUUAUACCUUAUGCACUAAUUUAUUAGCCAGUUUACGGUACAAAUAUUUCAUAUCAUUUUUUGUUGUUGUUGCUAAAUAUGACAUUGGUUCAUAUCAGGUAUACCCUGAGAUGUAUUUUCCCUGCACUGAUUGGUUGGGGCCACCUACUUUCUCCCCCUCUCUUUUCUUUCCUCCAAUCACAGGUAGGCCUGCCAAAAAGGCUAACUUUACAGCCCUAUACAUGCCUACUCAGAAGUAAGUCCCUUGGAGUUCAAUGGGACUUAAUCCCAGGUAAGUGUAUAGGAUUGCAGCUUAACGUCUGCAUUACCAUGGGUGCCAUUGAACAUACCAAGUCUUACUUCCGAGUAAACAUGCAUGGAAUUGCACAGCAUAGCUGCAAUUCUAUACACACCCUUGCCUAGCAGUGAGGUCCAUUGAAAUGGGUGGGACUGACUUCUAAGUAGAUGUGCUGCAAAUUAUUUUAACUGGGCACCUGCUAUAAAGGUGACACAUGAACUGUUUCCUGCCCUAGCAAGCUUUGUAUUUCUCUCCCACCUUCCUGCGUGCUCUAUCUCUCUCUGUCUAUACCUCCCUCCAUCAGUCAGUUAUAACUCCAACCUAAUACUCUAGUCUGCAAUGGACAAAAGAGUCUCCAAACAUCCCAUAGGAAUUCCUGGGAUGUCAGUCCCAGAAGGGGUGCCCAUUUUCACUCAAAGCAGUGAAAAUGGACAGGAUAUUUUUAUUCUAGCAAAAGAAAGGGACUUACCUAAGUGCAGUGCUCAGGGUGGAUUCUUGUUCUCUCAAUAUAAGGAAUCCAGUGAAACUCCACACACACACCCCGCACCCCAGUUCCCAGCAGGCACCUUCCUUGCAAUGCUAAAUGCAAAGUCAAAAGCCCGCUGAAGAACAGAUGCAUCCUUUAAGCACCCUGAUUUUGAUUACAGCAAGGGUAAGGGUGUGUGUAUGUAGGGAAGAGGUCUGGAGAUUCUAUUUAACUGCUUUUAUAGAUGUUGCUCCUGCUGGGAAGCUGAUUUUUGCAGAGUGAACCAAUUUCUAUUAAGGCUCUCAUCCAAAAGGAGUGGAAGGGACCUGCUGAGUUGCCUUCCUGUGAAGAGGGGGAUGACUUCACAGGAUGGAACCAUUCAAACCACCAGCUAAGUAGUGUUUAAGAAUGGGGAGAGGGAGUAAAUGUAUUGAAUACUUUACUUCCACCCCCACCCCACCCAUUUUUUUUUAAGGAGCAGCAAUAUAUAGAAUUAAAAUGUGCUGAUUUCAUGUAACGUUAAGAAAGCUACCUCGAGGGAGUGGCUCUUGCCUCUUUCCUCCCCUUUACAUUUUGCAGGGCUAUGCGCUUACGAUCUGAUUUCUGAAAAAUGGGUGUGCAAAUGCUUUUGCUGAGUUACGUUAACACUUAAUUUGUGGAACUUGCUGCUGUGACAGGUGUGGACUGCCACACUGAAAUGGCUUUGAAAGAGGGUUAGACAAAUCCGCAAACUGGAAUAGGUCCAUCAGUUGCUGUUAGUUUGGAGACAGUGUGCUGUAUAUGAACUUCAAACUCAUUCUCCAAAUGAGGAUUCUUGCAUAGCCAGAAUGGCGCUAUCCACACAAGAAAAGGAGGUACCAAGAGGCUCAGGCAGUAAGACAAAAACAUAUUUAUGGGGGGGGGGGGAAUCCUGAAUGCUGAUGGCCCAGUGAAUAUUGUUGGUGUCAGAGUCAGAGGUGUAGUGGCCAUGGACUAUGGGAAGGGAAGGGGGAUGUCAAAGACCUGUUAUGAUCUCUGCAGCAGGGUCCCUGUCUCUAGAGUCCCAGAGCCACACAAACAGCAUGAAAGGGGAGCUUUUUAGCCAAUGAGAAGGUGUCUUCUGACCCUUUCUGCUGAUUGCAGCCAAUCCGAUUUAAUUUUUUUUUUUUUAAUGAUUUUUAUUAAGGUUUCAAUAAAAAGUUAGACAGAAAAACAUAAAAAAGAAGUACACAAAUACACAAUACAUAAUCCAAAAAAAGAAGGAAAACACAGAAAACAAAAAACAAAAAAAGAAACAGAGCAAUUAAAAACAAUAUCACUUUUUCAUUUCCGUUUUUGAAUUUACUUAUUUUCUGGACUUCCUCAUACCUCCCUCUUUUGUAUUCCAGUCCAAAUUGUUUGUCCAGCAAUUUCUUUUCCACUUUUUUAAUCCCAAUCUUUAAUCUUAAUAUAAUAUAACACUUAAACUUCUUUAAUCCUAAUCUUUAAUCUUAAUGUAAUAUAGCAUUAAAAUUUUACCUCUUAAGUACCAAAUUUCCAUUUCCUUAAACAUCUUUAAUCCUAAUCUUUAAUCUUAGUCUAUCAAUAACUUUAACCUGUACAGCUGGAAACCACUUAUUUUCGAUCCAACAUCACUCUAACAUUCUUUAAUUUUGCAGUGUUUCUGAAGAUAAUCUUUGAAUUUCUUCCAAUCUUCCUCCACCGACUCUUCUCCCUGGUCACGGAUUCUGCCAGUCAUUUCCGCCAGUUCCAUAUAGUCCAUCAGUUUCAUCUGCCAUUCCUCCAGCGUGGGAAGUUCUUGUGUCUUCCAAUACUUUGCGAUGAGUAUUCUUGCUGCUGUUGUGGCAUACAUAAAGAAAGUUCUAUCCUUUUUUAACACCAUUUGGCCGACUAUGCCCAGGAGAAAGGCCUCUGGUUUCUUAGGGAAGGUAUAUUUAAAUACCUUUUUUAAUUCAUUAUAUAUCAUUUCCCAGAAAGCCUUAAUCUUUGGGCACGUCCACCAAAGGUGAAAAAUGUACCUUCAGUUUCUUUACAUUUCCAACAUUUGUUAUCGGGCAAAUGAUAGAUUUUUGCAAGCUUGACUGGGGUUAUGUACCACCUGUAUAUCAUUUUCAUAAUAUUCUCUCUUAAGGCAUUACAUGCCGUAAAUUUCAUACCUGUGGUCCACAACUGUUCCCAGUCAGCAAACAUAAUGUUGUGUCCAACAUCCUGUGACCAUUUAAUCAUAGCCGAUUUUACCGUUUCAUCCUGAGUAUUCCAUUUCAGCAGCAAGUUAUACAUUCUUGACAAAUUCUUAGUUUUGGGUUCUAACAGUUCUGUUUCUAAUUUUGAUCUUUCCACCUGGAAGCCAAUUUUCUUGUCCAAUUUAAAUGCCUCCAUUAUCUGAAAAUAAUGAAGCCAGUCUCGCACUUUGUUUUUAAUUUUUCAAAACUCUGCAAUUUCAGUCUAUCUCCGUCUUGUUCCAAAAUUUCCCAAUAUUUCGGCCAUUUGACCUCCAUAUUGACCUUUUUCAAGGCUUUCGCUUCCAUUGGUGACAGCCACCUUGGGGUUUUGUUUUCUAGCAAAUCCUUAUAUCUUAUCCAAACAUUAAACAGCGCUUUCCUGACAAUGUGGUUUCUAAAUGCUUUAUGUGCUUUGACCUUAUCAUACCAUAAAUAUGCAUGCCAUCCAAAUACAUUGUUAAAACCUUCCAAGUCCAAAAUGUCAGUGUUUUCAAGAAGUAGCCAUUCUUUCAACCAGCAAAAAGCUGCUGAUUCAUAGUAAAGUUUGAGGUCUGGCAGGGCAAAUCCACCUCUUUCCUUUGCAAUCCGAUUUAAAGGAGGUGAGUCAGUGUCGGAGGAUUGGCUCCCAGGGUCACUGUGGAGAAGGCACCAAGGAAGAACACCAAGGAGUCGUUCUGCAUGCUCCAAAUUUAGGGACUUAGGAACACUGAAAAAACACAAGGGGUCCUUUAGCUUCAGGAGAAUGAUGUACAAGUUGUGUUAUGUACAAUGGAACUCCAUGUUGUCAGUGGAGAUUGUGGCUGAGAAUUGGUCUAGAAAAGCCUAAGGAGGCUUGGGCAAGGGUCAAACUGGGGUUGUCCCAGGACCAGUUCUCUUUGCUGAGUUAACUCAGAAGUGACAGCCACAGACAUACUGAGGAUGCGGAAGGCAUUUUACAUUGUGUUCUGGGAUGCUGUGCUGAAUAUAUUGGACCCCCUUCUAUGUUUUGCCCUUCCCAACCAGACUUGCUUUUGCCUCUUUCAGGGCUGUUUUGCAAUCGGACGUUUGACAUGUAUGCAUGCUGGCCAGAUGGGAGUCCCGGGACCAUCGUCAAUGUCUCCUGCCCUUUUUAUUUGCCCUGGUAUGAGAAAGGUAAGGCUGUUUCUUGGUGGGUUCUUUUGGAGAGUAUCUUCAAGGCAUUCCAGGGAGCUUGAGGCUUAGAUUCACUAAAAUUCUUUUACACUUCAUCUACAACAUUCUCUGCCAUCUCCCCAAAAAUGUGUGCAGGUCUCCGUGCUCGGAUUUCUCAACUUGUCCUGCAAAUCCCUAUUUUCUCUUUCUUCUAUCCAACUUCUCAAAUCCUGUUGACUAGGUCAACUUUGCCUUGUUGACUAAGCCAUAUUCUUGACUCCUGUUGGCUAAGUUUGCACUGUCUUUUACCUCCACAGGACACCAACCAAUAAAUCAGGGGCCCUCAAGAUGUUCUGGUCUAUAGCUUUAAUCAGCCCAAUGUCCACAGUCAGAGAUUAUAGGAGUUGUGUCCCAGAACGUUUGGAUGACGCAAGGUUGCCUCUUUGUUCCAUAAAUCAAAGCAGGCAUCAUUUUGCAUCAACUGUAAAUCAAGCAGGAAAUUGGGAAGAGUCGCUGUCCUUGGUGCUGAUGUUUCAGAUUAAACCCAUUUUGUAGCAUCCUGCUGCUGUUGAAAACAUUGCUGGGGUUCUCAUUUUCACGUUUGUAAUGGCUAGUUACAACUUGUCCUGCGUCCUGACAUCACUAUAAUCUGAAGGCAGCCCUGUUUAGGGAAGCUUUUAAUAUUUGAUGAAGUAUUGUAUUUUAAUAUUUUGCUGGAAGCCACCUAGAGUGGCUGGGGAAACCCAGCCAGAUGGACAGGGUAUGAAUGAAUGAAUGAAUGAUAUUAGGUUUUUUCUCCACCCACACCAACAACUGCUAGUGAUAAUGGAGUAGAGAAACAGCCACACUGUCAGGACCAGAUAAUAAUAAUAAUUUUUAUUUAUACCCCUCCCUCCCCAGCCAAGGCCGGGCUCAGGGCGGCUAACAAGCAAUAAUAAAAACAAGUUGAAUGAAUACAACUUAAAAACAAGAUUAAAAUACAAUUAAAAUAUUGAAACAUUAAAAUAUUAAAAUGCAGCCUCAUCACAGGAGGAGAAAGGAAAAAGAAAAAAGAAAGAGGGGGAGGGAAUCAAAUUGGCUCCAAGCCAAAGGCCAGGCAGAACAACUCUGUCUUACAGGCCCUGCGGAAAGAAAUCAUAUCCUGCAGGGCCCUGGUCUCAUGAGGCAGAGCGUUCCACCAGGCCGGAGCCAGUGUUGAAAAGGCCCUGGCUCUGGUUGAAGCCAAUCUAACUUCCUUAGGGCCCGGGACCACUAGGGUGUUGCUAUUUAUGGACCUUGAGGCUCUCCGUGGGGCAUACCGGGAGAGGCGGUCCCGUAGGUACGAGGGUCCUAGGCCGUGAUAAAUUGAACUAGAUGUUACAAAAUGCGCAAGGGGAGCUCUGACACUGGGCUGUCCUUUUUGACAGUAGCCCUGUGACCUCUGAAUAUAUAAAUGAUAGUGCCUGACUCACUGUGCUGGGGUGGUUGGAGCCCAGCUCUCCCUCUGGGUCCUACUGCUUGGCCCUAUUGUUAUGAUCCCUCAGAGGAUUGGAGUCUCCCUUCCUCCCUGCAGCUUAGCUCAUGCCUUCAACAAACACACAAAACAUAACCGGCUGUGCAUAGCCGGUUACGUUUUGUGUGUUUGUUGAAUGUAUGUUACAUAAUGUUAGGUUUGAUGUUGUUUUGCAGCUUAGCUCAUGCCAACAAGUCUUGCUUUCAGUGGAUGUAUGUUCUGCACAGUGAUGCUAAGUGUUGACAUUUCCAAACAUGUCAGCCUGACAAUGUCUGGCCUUUUUUUACUGGCAGUUAAACAUGGUACGGUGAGCCGCAAGUGUGGGCCUGAUGGCCACUGGGCGAUGCUGAACGGGACAGAGCUCUGGAGGGACCAUUCCCAGUGCAAGGAAGAGGUGGAUGGCAACACUGGAGAGGUGAGAAGGGGAGCCUGCUGGGAUUUGCUGGCCCUCCGUGAAGCUCAUAAUGACAUGUCAUUUGCUUCUAAACAUGGCAAGCCUGGCUGGCAGUGUUUGAGGGCCUUCCUGCUUGUUCUGCUGAAUGGGGCCCGGAUCUCUGCCCCAAAGGCCUAUCCUAAUGGUGCCACUGUCCCUGCCCUCUGAUGCUCCCAGUUGCAUCUUCCCCAAUGGGCUGGAUGCGUCCGGAAAAGAGUGGAAAUGGGCUGCCUUGGCUUGUCUGAUGGGGCCUCCUCUCCUGUACAGGAAUCAUCCUACCGCCUGAUGGUCAGCUUCAAGGUCCUCUACACCGUGGGCUACUCCCUCUCUCUGCUGGCCCUGGUCUUGGCUCUGCUCAUCCUUACAGUCUUCAGGUACUGCAUCCUGGCUCAGAGCGAAAGACCCUGUGGGAUGGUGAUGGACGCCUUUGCCUCUCACUUUCUCUCUCAAGUGUGCAGUCUGUUUUGUAAUGGUUCAGGAGGUGUGCAAGGAAGAGAGAGAUAAGAGAAAUCCACAGCAUUUGGCUGCUUUAAUUUUGGAUAGGCACAUGGCGACCCCUUCAACAUACACAGGACUGUGUCCAGCAAUGUCUGUGAUCACAGGAAGCUGCUUUUCUACUGGGUCCAUCUAGCCCAGGGGUAGGCAACGUAAGGCCCAAUGUGGCCCAAUCGCCUUCUAAAUCCGGCCCACACACAGUCCAGGAAUCGGCAUGUUUUUACAUGAAUGUGUCCUUGUAUUUAAAAUGCAUCUCUGGUUUAUUUGUGGGGCCUGCCUGAUGUUUUUACAUGAGUAGAAUGUGUCCUUUUGUUUAAAAUGCAUCUCUGGGUUAUUUGUGGGGCAUAGGAAUUCUUUCAUUUCCCCCCCAAAAUAUAGUCUGGCCCACCACAUGGUCUGAGGGACGGUGGACCGGCCCACAGCUGAAAAAGGUUUCUGACCACUGAUCUAACCUAUGACUAAGAUAUGUAGGAAGCAUUUUGCAUUGAGAGAGACCACUGGUCCAUGCAGCUUGAUACUGUCAACACCAAGGCAUGGGGGAACCUCUGGCCCAUGAGCCAUAUUAGGUUCAACAGGGACCUGCUGGGAUUGGAUGCGCCAGGGAGUUUCUGAUCAGGAGCUUACAAGUCUUGCUUUGGGCAGGGAUCUUCUUUGGCAGCCUGGCUUGAGUUGAACCCCUGCAUGACGAUCUCCAGCAAGGGAGGGCCCACCACCCCUCUAGGCAAUUGGUUCCACUCCUGAGCUGCUCUGACCGUCAAUAGGUUUUACACCAGCUUCAUUGGAAGGCUUGUGUUUUUAAAGCAAUUAUAGAGUGGUGCAGAGCUACUGGGUCACCAGCAAGUGGACAGCAUCCCACCUUGCCCACAUUGGGUACCCAGUGCAAUGUCCUUUUCACCCCCCAGGAAGCUUCGCUGCACCCGGAACUACAUCCACGCAAACCUCUUCGCCUCCUUCGGGCUACGGGCCAUCUCUGUGAUCGUGAAGGAUGCAUUGCUGGAGCAGAUGUGGAGAAGGGAGACGUUCCAGGUGUCCGACUGGGAGGCCUUGCUGAGCCAUGAGGCAAGUAUGAUUCCUGCGGACUGUCGCAUGAACCUAAAGAAACCAGCACUAUUGCACUCAAUUCCAAUGGCAGAUCUUGCAUCUCCUGAGCAAUUUGCUCAUUUGGGCUUAACGUUUGAUUUGAUUACAGUGGUACCUCAGGUUAAGAACUUAAUUCAUUCUGGAGGUCUGUUCUUAACCUGAAACUGUUCUUAACCUGAAGCACUACUUUAGCUAAUGGGGCCUCCCACUGCCGCUGCACAAUUUCUGUUCUCAUCCUGAAGCAAAGUUCUUAACACGAGGUACUAUUUCUGGUUUAGCGGAGUCUGACAUGUCUGUAGCCUGAAGCGUCUGUAACCCGAGGUACCACUGUAUUUGAUUUCUUUUUUCUUUUUCCCCUAUAUUUUUUAUUAACAUUUCUGUUUUACAUUUUAGAAUAUUCAUUUAAACAACCUUAAAAUACCAGUAACUCCCCUUCUUCUCUUUCCAUGGUUCAUUUUGCAUAACAUAAAUCCUUUCAUAUUUUAUAUAAACUAAACCAUUCAGUAUUCCAUUACUACAUCCAUCAAAAUUUAUUUACACUGUUGAAUUUAUCUUAACACUGUCCACGUUUUCAAAUAUACACAAUUUCCCUCCAUAUAUUCAAUAAACAUUUUCCAAUCUUCUUUAAACGUAUGUACUUCUUGUUCUCUUAUUCUAUAUGUUAGGUCUGCAAGCUGAGCAUAUUCCAUCAGUUUAAGUUGCCAUUCUUCUUUAGUUGGGACUUCGCUCAUUUUCCAUUUUUGGGCUAACAAAACACGAGCUGCAUUAGUGGCAUACAUAAAUAACCUUUCUUGACACUUGGGAAUUUCCAUCUGAAUUAUCCCCAACAAAAAGGACUCUGGGUUUCCCCCCCUAAUUCAUUUAUUAAAAAUAUCUCUGAGUGGUGUACAAAAAAACUGUAACAGACAACUCAAAACAAAAUAUUACAAAAAAAUGCACAGUUACAUAUAAAAAUGUUGCAUUAAUCCAAAGUUGCUAAUGUAUAAAAAUCAUAAUCAAUUCAUUUUCCUUCUGAUAAACCCUCCUGUUCAGCUUCCGGGUUCCCUUGAAGGGUUCAAACAAACUCUCAGCUCACCCACAAAAGUCUCCCAAUGAGAAGACUUCUGGAAACAGCACCCUAGUCUCUCACUCUAGACUUGCCUUUUAUGGGCUUGGCAUGUUGCUUCUACCGGCUACCCAAAGCUGUGUCCCAUUCAGCUGUACUCUCCACACCCAGUUCCAGGUACAGCAGGUUUGCUGAGUUUCCCAGGAGGUCCAAAGGAUGGGAAGAAGGUCCUCACCUCUGCUCACAGCUCUUUCUUCACCCUCUGUCCUCUCCUCUUCCUCCAGUCAGGGAAGACAGCAUGGAGCUCAGCAUCUUGGGAACCUUUGCUGAAAACCUCUUCAUGUAAAGUGCUUGGGGUGCUGGAAAAAAAAAAAUGAAGCCCCAUCUUUUUUAACUGUGCCCCACUUAAGAUAGUAGCUGGACAGUGAGGCUGAAACUCCCACCAGCCCCGGACUGCAGGGCCAUUGGUCAAUGAUGAUGGAUAUUCUAGUCCAACAACAUAGGAAGCCAUGUGAUACUGAGUCAGACUAUUGGUCCAUCUAGCUCAGUAUUGUGUACACUGACAGGCAGCCCUUCUCCAGCACUCUCAGCCAGGGGACCCUCCUAGCCCUUCCUGGAGAUGACAGAAAUUGAACCUGGACCUUCUGAAUGCAAGGCAGAUGUUCUGUUGCUGCUGAGUUAAGCCCCUUUCCUUGUUGGCUUUUUAAGUAGGUGCUUUAAAUGGUUCUAAUUUUUAUUGAUGUGUCUUUUGAAAACUUAAUUUUAUUUUUUUUUAAACCAAGCUGUAAACGGGUAUAACAAGAACAGCAAAAAUUAAAAUGACAAAAAUAACUGGAAUAACGAUGAUGAUUGAAAUGCCAACAAUAUGCGUAUUACUGUAUUAUUUCCAUGUUUUUCAUAAGUGCUGAAAAGUGUUCUUAUUAGACACUGAUUGGCUCUCUUAUUCUAGGCUGCGAUUGGUUGUCGAGUGGCUCAAGUCGUGAUGCAGUACUGUAUUCUGGCCAAUCAUUAUUGGUUUCUUGCGGAGGCGGUCUACCUGUACAAGCUUCUGAUUGGAGCUGUGUUUUCAGAGAAGAAUUACUACACUCUGUACCUGUACUUGGGCUGGGGUAAGGAAGAACUGGGCUGGGAAGCACUUGCUAAUACUGGGGCCAGUGCAUACAAUACAUUGUUAAGCACACUUCGUUUUAUUUUAAGGAAAAGCCGCCCAGGACCUAUAAUCUUGCUCAAAGCUAGCAUUAGUUGGCUCUCCCUACCAUGGGACCUGGUUCCCCCUACUGUUGGGCUCCCUGCCUUUUGCCCUACCAGCCCCACUGGGAACAAUCUACAGUUCUUACCCCCAGCUUCAAUCUAUCUUCUUUUCAUCCAUUGUGAUUUUUUGGGGGGAGGGGACAAUUCCGAAUCUUGAGAAUUGAACUUAAGCAAAGGACACUAUUUUAUACACAGUGCUAAUUUUGGAACUCCAGCUGCAGCAAUUGCAUUACCUGGGCAAUUUGCCCAUUUGGGCUCAACGGCUGAGUCAAGGUAGGGAAUAGGAAGCUCAGCAUCUUGGCCAUUGAUGAACCUUUGCUGGGCUGAAGACCCCUUGAUGUACGGUGCUUGAUUUGGGAUGCUGAAGAAGGGAUAAUAAUAAUAAUAAUAAUAAUAAUAAUAAUAAUAAUAAUUUAUACCCCGCUCAUCUGGCUGGGUUUCCCCAGCCACUCUGGGCGGCUUCCAACAGAAUAUUAAAAUACAAUAGUCUAUUAAACAUUAAAAGCUUCCCUAAACAGGGCUGCCUUCAGAUGUCUUCUAAAAGUCUGGUAGUUGUUGUUCACUUUGACAUCUGGUGGGAGGGCAUUCCACAGGGCAGGUGCCACUACCGAGAAGGCUCUCUGCCUGGUUCCCUGUAACUUGGCUUCUCGCAGAGAGGGAACUGCCAGAAGGCCCUCGGCACUGGACCUCAGUGUCCGGGCAGAACCAUGGGGGUGGAGACAGUGCCUUUUAACCCAGAAAUGCAGUGGGGUGGACCUAGCUUGCUUCUCGACUUCCAGUGAGUAUUUGGUUUUUUCCAGAGCUUUUGCUGUGUGACUUGCAGGAACCCCCGUGGCUUUUGUGGUGCCGUGGAUGGCUGCCAAGUACCUGAAGGAGAAUGCAGAGUGAGUGUGGUGGUACUGGGAUGGGGAAUUUGGGCUGAUUGGCACAGGGAGGGAUUUUAUGUUAUACAGUCAAACAGGGAAAAAAAGAUGCAGGUCAAUAACUGAACAAGGUGACAUGUCUCCCACAGUCUUCUGUGGCUUCUCAGUGGAGCUGACGGAGCAGCCCUGCUUGCCAUCUUUCCCACAGAGCUGUUUUCCUGCCUGUUCCAUUAACCCCUCUGGAAUGAUGCUGAUCUCCUCCCUGUUUUGUGCUGCAGGUGCUGGGCAUUGAACGAGAACAUGAAUUACUGGUGGAUUAUUCGCAUCCCUAUUUUGCUAGCCUCUGUGGUAAGUGCCUCCCCCUUGUUCCUCUUGCCUAACUUGAGAUGGGGCAAGAGGGGGAGGACAGUGCCUUUCUGGUGGUGAUGGUGGUGGUAAGGAGUCUGGCUGGCUUUUGGUACUCAGGAAGAGCAACACCUUUGCCAGCCGUGUCAAAGCAGUAUAGCUUGGCAAUAUGUUGCGUCUCUCACCCCCCACUCAAAUGCUACACAGGAAGCUGCCUUAUACCAAGUCAGACUAGCUCAGUACUGUCUACUCUGACUGGCAGCAACUCUCCCAAGGUUUCAGGCUGGCGUCUCUCCUAGUGAUGUCAGGGAUUGAACCUGGGACCUUCUGCAUGCAAAGCAGAUGCUCUACCCCCCGAGCUAUGGCUCUACAAGGGGAAGAAAGAACAUGGCACAGUCUUCCCAGCUGCAAUGUCUUAUCUUCUUGCUAGAAUCUUUUUGUGAGCAAGGGGCUUGUUGCUUCCAAGCUUUGAUUAACUCACCACUGUGUCUUCCCAGAUCAACCUGCUGAUCUUCAUGCAGAUCCUCAAAGUGAUCCUGGCCAAGCUGCGAGCCAAUCAGAAGGGCUAUGCAGACUACAAACUGCGGUGAGUUUGUCCGCCAGGUAAACCCCAAAGAAAAGCCCGAGUCCUGAACUCAGGAACUUAAGUUUCAUCUCCUGCUUGGUGUUGUCCCUUCCAGGCUGGCCAAAGCCACCCUCACCCUUGUCCCUCUCUUUGGGAUCCAUGAAGUAGUCUUCAUUUUUGUCACAGACGAGCAAACUACAGGAGUGCUGCGCUACAUCAAAGUCUUCUUCACUCUCUUCCUCAACUCCUUUCAGGUGAGUUUGGGAGCACCUGGCUUGGAUCACCUGCUUUCUGACAUGGUUGCUUACUUGUUUCCUGACCACCCCCACCCCCAUUUCCUACUUCCACCCUAAAGGGGAAAGUUUGUUGGAGAAUGUAUGUGGCAGCAGUGUGCAGAAAUAAAUUGUCUGGCAAAAGCCAUCAGGCUUUGGCCCUGUUUUCCAACAGGUUUCUGUUUGCUAUUGCAAACUCAUGCUUCCUUCUCUCUCUCUCUCUCAUCUACUGCAGGGAUUCCUGGUUGCUGUCUUGUAUUGCUUUGCAAAUAAGGAGGUAAGCAAUGUCCCCACCACCCACCCUGGCUGAGAUGAUCCAGUCAUUCUUGGGCAUGCAAUCUUAUACAGCUCAUACUAAUCCCUGAUCAGUCUUACCUAUUGGAGCCUCUGAUUGGCAGAUGAGGACUUGUUGCUGCUGACAUCACCAAGAGAUGUCUGGUUGGUACUGACUGGGCCUUUUUGGUGGUGGUUCCCUGGUUGUGAAAUGCCCUCCCUGGUGAGGUGUGCUUGACUCCCAUCAUUAUUAGCUUUCCGGAAGGAAUUUGAAAACAUUCCUGUUUACCCAAGCAUACUUGGUGGCUGAAGAAUACUGAUUCUGGCAACCCCAAGAUCACUGGAUGGAAGGAUGUUUUGAAUCGCAGUUGCUUUUAACUGAAACAGCUUUUAGAUGUUUUUAAUUGUUACUGUUUUGGGAAUAUUUUAUUCCAUUUUAGAAGGUUUUUGCUUAGUUUCUCAGUUGUAUAUCUGGCCUGAUUUAGGAGGCUGUUCUUAUGCUUUCUUUUCAUCCAGGUGAAAUCCGAAAUGAAGAAGAGGUGGCAGCUUUGGAAACUGGACCACCCUGCCCUCUGCUGCACCCAGUAA